UAAUUUUACAAGUUUGUUAGACCAAAACGACGUAGUUGCCUUCCUACCUCCAACAAAUAGGCGCUGACAAAAAGAACCUUCACCCGGCACAACUCAGAUUCGUAAUUUGCCUUCGUCUCUUUAACUUAUGUAUUAUCCGAUGAAAAAACCCUAAUUGGGAGGAGUGUACAUAAACCCAUUCGAAAAACGCAAAGCUUUUUAACAUCCUUCCUCUAUAUAUUGAGAGCUUUACUGUUAUUGUAUAGAUUCUCAAUCCUAUACUUCCCGAAACUUCAACAAUGGAUGCCCAAAGAGCUUUGCUUGAUGAACUCAUGGGAGCAGCUCGUAAUUUGACUGAAGAAGAGAGAAAGGAAUAUAGAGAAAUCACCUGGGACAGCAAGGAAGUUUGCGGCUGCUAUAUGAUUCGAUUUUGCCCCCAUGAUUUAUUCGUAAACACUCGGAGUGAUUUAGGACCAUGCCCUAAGAUCCAUGAUCCAAAGUUAAAGGAAAGUUUUGAAGCUUCUCCAAGACGUGACACGCAUGUUCCAAAGUUUGAGGCAGAACUGGCCCAUUUUUGCGAGAGGCUGGUCAUGGACUUGGAUAGGCGAGUUAAGCGUGGUCGAGAGCGCCUUGCUCAGGACUUGGAAGUGCCUCCUCCUCCUCCCAUCUCCACAGAAAAAUCUGAGCAAUUAGCCGUUUUGGAGGAAAAAAUAAAGAAUUUACUGGAACAGGUGGAGUCGCUUGGCGAAGAAGGCAAAGUUGAUGAAGCUGAAGCACUGAUGAGGAAGGUGGAGAUGCUUAAUAUUGAGAAGGUGAGCUUGACACAGCAGCCUCAAGAUAAAAUGUUAAUGAUGGUACAGGAGAAAAAGAUGGCUCUUUGUGAAACCUGUGGAUCGUUUCUUGUUGCAAAUGAUGCUGUUGAGAGAACUCAAUCUCAUGUCACUGGCAAGCAGCAUAUAGGGUAUGGUAUGGUACGAGAUUUUCUGGCAGAGUAUAAGGAAUCUAAAGAGAAGAAAAGGGAAUCGAAAAAAUUAGCAGCUGAAGAAAGGAAGAAGCAAAAGGAAAAAGAGAAUGAGAGCAGAAGUGGAAGGAGCGGGUCCUCUGACAGGGAUCGAUAUCGUGACCGUGAUCAUGAUAGGGAACGAGACCAUUACAGGAAUGAUGGCCGUGAUAGAUCUCGAGAAAGAAAUGGUAGAGGAAGCCGUGAUGGAUUUAGGGGAGCAGAUAGGAAAUACACUAAUGCCAGGAUUGGAAGAGAUAGAAGCAGGGAAAGAUAUCGCCAACGUGAUCGUAGUAGGUCACGUUCUCCUCUCAGGCAUAGCAGGAAGUCCUCUGGGAGUCCGGUUCGGUGAUAUGGACAUUUAUGUGGUCGGUGUUUGAGAUUUGAAUGAGAAGAGGUAGACUUUUUAACCACUCAUAAGUUUUUAUGACUGUUUGCUUCUGGAGUCGGGUGCUAUUGUAAUCAUGGUGGAACUGUUUUUUGUUCUCACAGCUUUAUUGAGACUGUACCGUCUUCCUAUCAUCAAUAUAUUUAGAGAGAAAAGGUUGAGGUAGGUAUUACUUCAUUAUUGUAACUAUUUAAUGAUCUACUUGGGCUUCAAUUGACCUAAUCGUUACUUGGAUCAUACAUGAUAUGUGUAGUGGUGUGACUCUUCUUUAUGGGAUCGCUUCUUUCGCAAAUAGUUAUAGAACAGAUUCUUUUAAGUUGCAUGGGUUUACUGCUGCUGAUGGAGAUAACAAUUUGCCAAACUGUGAGGUAACAAGUAAUUUUGAUUUCUUUCAACCUCAAAAGACUUGAAAAGAAAUGUUUGGGCUUUUCCUUCUUUCUUUUUUAUUUUUUGGUAAACUUUGGCCUUUCUUUCUAAUUGCUCAUGAUCCUUCAAAUUUUCUUUUCUUCAUUCUUCAUCCUAGGAAUGUUACUGAGCUCAUUAUAGGGAUCUGCAUAGGUUGUCUAUGGCAUGUUGCAUGAUGAUUUGUGACAGAUAGGUAACCUCCUCCUUCCUUGUUUAUGUGCCUUUCGGUCCGUUCACUCCAUGAGUUGAACUUUGCAGGCACCUCGAAGAUGAAAAUGCAGCUUGUUUAAAAGCAAUCUUGUUAUGAUUAAAAAAAGAAUAAAGAAAUUGUUAAAAAGAAAUAUAUUCGAAUGAAAUGAGUUGUUUUAAUGGAAUGCUAAUAUUUCUGGAAACUCUAGUCUGGUCCUUCAUGUUCAUUUUCAACUUCAUGGAUUGAUGAUGAUGAUGGGAAUGAGGAUUUUUUGGGUGGGAGCCUUAGAUGAAUCACUAUGUAGUCUAGAGCAGGGGGUGUUUCUUCGAGACUGUCGUUUGGUGGGAACAAGUGCAGGUUCCUGCCAAUCGUCAAUGGCGGCCAAAUUGUUCUCGAUGUCAUCUGCAGCCCUGAAGACUGGGGGGAGUUGUACGGUGUUUUUGAAGGAUAAUACAGGAGUUUUUGCUAGUUGUUUUCUGAGUCACUCUUUUUUCUUAAAAAAAAAAAAAAAAAAAAGUCACUCUUUUUUCUAAUAUAACAGCCCCAUGAAAAAACAUGACUAUGAGUUAUUCAUAAAAAAUAAUGAAUGACUCAAUAAAAGAUGGCCAGGACUGUUGGAAGUUGGAACCAGAUCAGUUGUCCAUCUGUUACACCUUCAUCAUGAAAUCUGUGUUUUGUUUUGGCUGAGUGUCUCACACUAUCAUAAAAACUGUGUUCUCUUUUGCGCCCCCUCUCUUGGGAAGGUGUUCUGUUUCGCCUGAAGGUGAACAUCAAAGUGAGAUUUGGAAUUAGAGUGUAUAACUAUUGAUUCUCAAGAACCAAAAAAUUGGGAUUUUGAGUUUUAGUGCCUAAAACUUUGGCAGUAUGAAAAGCCUUUACUGACCUUAGACAAUUAAAUCUGUAAACAUUUCCUAGAACUCAGAAUAAUAUGAUUAGUGGGCUGAAGUCUGUUUCCUUUGUUUGCAUGUAUUUUUGGCAUGAAAAUCGAAAAGGACUACAAAGCAGUCCAAGCCUCAACGGUGGAGUGCAGGGUGUUUGCAAACAGUACUGUUUCCGCUUUUUAAUUCUUAAUCACGUUGUCUGAUGUAUUGUAACAUCCACAUACGUUCAAUACUUCGAUGAGAGAAAUUUUUGGUCCCCGCAACAUGCUUACUUCUUUUUCCUUUUUCUUCUCUCUUCUUUUUUAUUAUUAUUAUUUUUUAUUUAAACUCAAUUUCCAAAUUGUCCACAUGUCGUUACAUCGUAUGGAGAUUAUCACAAUC